AUGAUCGUCCUUGCCAUGAUGGCCGCCAUGUGGCAGGCCCUCAGACUGCUCUCUCCCGACCUUCGGGUCGUGAUGGAUCCUCUGUCGGUCAUCCUCAUGGCCUACGCCUUCCUGCCCCCCUGGUCUUGCGUUGUUGUCCCGGCUCUGGUCUACAUCCCGGUCAACUUUUGGCUUCGUGUCUUCCUCUCGCGCCGGCACAUUCUCAUCGGCCUCGCCUGCUGUGCUCUUUGUCUUGAGUACCGAGUGCUUACCGGAAUGUCGCCCCCCCUCCUUGGCGGCCUCGAGACGUUUGUUCGGGAUGCGUUCCUGGAUCCGUUCGACACUCUCGUUGCUCCGUUCGUGGAAUCCAUCGACGAUGGUCUUGUGGCUAUCGAAUUCUACGAACAUCUGGAGGAAGACAUGGAGGCCAUCGCAGACUUUCUCGCCUACCUGUUGCACAGUUGCAUCGGUCCCGACAACUGGUUCUUGGCCCUCUUCCGCUUCAUCGGCCACUUCUUCGCCUUUGUUGCCCGCUGUGAUGACAUGGCCUCCCAUCUCGCCGAAAUGGUUGUGGACGGUGGGUGCAAGCUCACCAGCUCCUACGCCUUCUGGCUUGUGGCUGGGCCUCGCAAGAAGAAGGAGGCCAUCCUCGCUGUCCAGCGCCGCGCCAACGAAUCGCUGAUCGACUUGAUCGAGCAGCAGCAACAGGUAAUGGUCUCGACGGAUUUUCGAGUCAACGCUCUUUCCGACAGAGUCGCGACCGUUCUCAAUACCAUCUGGUUCAAUGUCUUCCGCCCAGGCGCAAGACAGUUUCUUCGCUACGCCGAGUUUGACUGA